AUGCCGACAUUCAGCCGCAAAAAGUUCCGCCCGUCUUCCUACGAAAGCACCAUCGCCGCACGAUACCGCGCCGCUCUGGCGCGGCAUCCGUUCCUGCUCUUCGGCCUGCCCUUUGUCGCGACCAUGGUGGCCGGUUCGUUCUUCCUCACGCCCGCCACAGCAUUGCGGUACGAGAAACACGACCGGCGCGUGCAGCAGGUCGGCAAGGAAGAGGCAUUGGGCAUUGGCAAGGAACGGAGAAAGGUUGAUGUCCAUGAGGAAUAUUAUCGCCUCGCAGCUCGAGACUUGGAUGAUUGGGAGCAGAAGCGCGUGAAGCGCUUACCGGGCGAACAUGAUGGUGUUUUAUAA